AUGAAUCAGAGGAAAAGAACGAAGCUGACGAUGAUAAUGUUGUCAAGGGACAUCGCAACAAAGCUUCCAACUUCUGAGGAGCCAGAUAGUUCAGAGAAGAGAUACGAUUCUACAUUGCCUUGUCCAAAAAACGACCCAUAUGUUGCAAAGACAGCCAACUCGAGCGAUGCCGACGGACAUUACUCUCCCACCAAAUAUAGUAUACUAGAGGUUGUAGCAGUAGGCGAAAUAUCUUCAGAGGAAAAGAGUGGUGGUGGUGAAGAGACGAACAAACCACUAUCCGACAAGUUUGGAGUGACAAAGAUGAGAUUGCGGUUUUACAAGGCCUUACUGUGA